AUGACAACUGUGAUGCCACAUGUGAAGCUCUCUCUCUCCCCACAGUCGUCGUCGCCACCGUCUUCUCCAUCUCCGGCCACGCUUAAAAUGGGUUUGAUUCUAUGUGCAUUCUGCAAAUUCUGCAAAAAUUUUAUGCCACCCAAACGUAUCCCACCACUUGAGAUCCCUAUGGAGGAUCAUUAUGUCGGUCGUAUGACCUAUAGGGGUUCCGGGAGGUUAACAAAAUUGAAGAAAAGAUUUGAGGAGCAUGGAUUGUUGGGGAGGGUGAAUGAGUCUGUUUUUGGACCAUUCUUCACAGCCCCUCCCUUUUCGUUCUCUGGAGCAUUGGUUCACACACUACUUUUGCGAAAGGUCAAGUCUCCGCGUGGCGAUGAGGUGCACUUCUUGAUGGGCCCAAACUUAUGUAAGUUUGGGGUGCACGAGUUCGCCAUUAUCACCGGCCUGAGCUGCUCCUGUCCACCACUUGCCGUUGACAUUGAACCUCACAUUACUUCCUCCCGCCUAGUUGAUACAUAUUUCAGUGUGGAACCCGAAAAAGACAUUCGGUUCAGUAUCUUGGAACGAGCUUUUAGUAUGUGCGAUGUACCUGAUGAUUUGUACAAGCUCGGUUUGGUUUACUUUGUGGAGGGGAUACUAUUGGACGCUGAGAACGACAAUGCUAUUUGGCGAGAUUCAUUGUCGAUGGUCGAGGAUUUAGAUUAUUUUGAGAAGUAUCCAUGGGGAUCCCUUUCAUUCGAUACAACUGUGAAACAAUUCAAUAGAGAUAUGAAAGCGAUUGGUGGUACAAUACCAGGUAAGAAGGCGAAGAAGAUCAUUGAGGCGGAGUCUUCUAAGGGUUUUAAGGUGGAGGCAAAGUACACUUGCAAGGGGUAUCCACCAGCCUUGCAAUAUUGGGCGUACGAGACGAUUCUUGAUUUACAGAAGGAACACGCCAAGCCCUGUGGAUUCAAGUUCCCUAGGAUGCUACAGUGGGAGAGCAUAGGCCAGCCGAAGCAUUUGCAUUUGAAGGAUGUACUUGUGAGGAGACAUUUGUCAUGCAUUUCUAUCCUAAGGCCUCGACCAAAUGAGCGAGACUUCUUUGAUGCCGUAUAUCAGAGGACAGAGGGGGAUGCUCCUAGGUAUGCGAUGCUGCAGAAUAUGAUCCAGCCUGCACCAGAGGAUGGAAGACCUUACGAUCCUGAGGCAGAGGCUGUUGCGGUGGCUGAGAUAGCCGUUGAGGCUGGCAUAUUUGUGGAGGAUGCCCCGACAGAGUCUGCUCCAGAUACUACCAGACUAUCAGGUGCAGUGGACGAUGUUAAGGCCACUCUAGGUAUCGUCCUUAAAAAUCAAGAAGUCAUAUUAGAGAAGCUGGCAACACUAGGUAGUAUACCUACUCCUGCACCUACUCCUGCACAUACUCAUGCACCCACUCCAACAGAUGAUGUAGAGUAUGACAUUCUCCCCUCAUGUUACGAGCCUUCUGUUGGAGAAGUCACACCUUCUCAGCCAGUGCAGACGGACUUAGGUAAGCGUACUAGACAGAGACCAGUAAGGUACGAGGACUAUACUCCAGCAGCCAAGAAACCAAAGUUCAAGGACCCAGUUACGAUCCUUCCUUUAAAGGUGUUGGAUCAAGAAAUGUUGACAACUUUUAACCGAUGGGUACUCGGUGAGAUUGAUAACAGCAGACCGAGGAAGUUGGAAUGUUGUGAUGAGACCCCUGUUUGGUUCUUGAAGUUGAAGGUGGCAAAAGAAUGGUUGGCAGAAACUCAUCUCGACGCUGCCAAAAAGUACAAGAAGCCUUGGGGUGAUUGCAACGAGGUCUACUUCCACUGGUGCAUGGAAAAUCGGCACUGGGUCCUUUGCGAAAUAAAUUUCGCUGAUUGGAUGAUCACUGUAUUUGGCUCAGAUCAUUCUAACUUUAGCCAUAAUAAGUUGUCUGAGUUGAUGGAGCCUUGGACUAGGAUACUUCCAUCUUUACUCAACGCUUCUGGUAUGUUUAAAGGACACCCCAAGUUAAAAAUAGCUAGACCGAAGAUCACCGUUCCAAACUUUGAUUGGCGGUGCAUGUCCACUGAUAUUGUCCCACAGUCUAGAACUAGCGGAGAUUGCGGUGUAUUCGCCAUCAAACACUUGGAGUUCAUUCUUGGAGACAUUCCCUUAUCAUAUGCCAUCGAGGACAACAUUCAGUACUUCAGGGAUAAAUUAUGCAUCGACAUUUUUUAUGAGAAUGUGUACCCUUGA